AUGCACACCCACGAGGUCCAUGCAGAGGUGCUGGACGGUCAGCUGCUCCACGUGGCUGUGCCUGGCACGGAGGCGCUGGGAUUUCAGCCUCCCUGCGCUUUCCCCAUCGACGAGGGCGUGGAGGACGAGUGCUCGGGUUGGCCUGCUCCUGGCACCUGGCAGCCUCUCAGCCCCGACGCGGAGACUCGCAUCUUCGCGGGCGGUUUGGAGGCGGGCUGGCGGCUCGCUGAGCCGCACCUGGAGCACAGGGGGCCCUCGGAGAAGCUACGCACCCAGGACGCCCCCCUCGUGUCGUCGGGCGGGGUCGUGGAGGAGGUGUACGAGGAACGCCUUCGAGGAGCUUCAUUUCGUUUUGCCCCUGGAUCCUUUCGCCAGGGUGAUCCCGAUCUUGACGGCGAAGAUCGGAGUGCUGGCUCGUGCGGAUAUCGGGAUCGCCGUGGAGUCACGGGGUCGAGCCGCAAGAGGGCGGUGCAUCGCCGCAGCCCUGCGACUUCUGAUCCUGGCCCGACGGCGCCGCCGAGUGCAGACGUUUCUGGCAUCGGGCCCCCGCAGCAGGCCGACUGCCAGCAGCGAUGA